AUGAAAUUAAGUUCCUUACUUCCUUUAUCAUUAUGUUUGACAUUGGUUGUCUCAAUCAAACCUUACCAAUUGUAUUCAUAUUUCAAGAGGGAUGAUACAAGUGGAUGUACUAAUGAUUGUUACCAAGCAGGCAAAUACCUCGAAAGUCAUUGUGAAAAUGAUAGUUCUGAUUACAAUUACAUAAGUUGUAUUUGUAAUAUUAAUGACGAUUCUUUUUGGAGUAAUCUAGCUGGCUGCGAAUGUGGCGAAGAUAGUGCUGAAACUUUAGAUGCAUCUGCUCUUCAAUCCGAUUAUUGUGAAUAUGCUACUUUAUAUGAAUCUUAUUAUACAGAAGGUGAUUAUGGAUCUGCAUUUGGGGGUGGUGGAUUAGGUAAUUUCGCUUCUUUAGAAGAUUUCAGUGAAACUGAUUUUGGUGAUGAAACUGGAACUGACUUUGGAGCAACUGAAACAGCUAGUGGAAACGGUGGUGGUUCAGUUGAUUCUGCAAACCCUUCAUUAGAAGAAAGCUCAAAUGGAACACCAGAAUCAACCAGUCAAUCACCAUCAUCAACCCAUUCAGGCUCUGCUACUGCUGCUGCAACAAGUUCCACCCAUGCAACCACAAGUUCCACUCAUGCCACUACUUCAGCCACUACUUCAUCAACUUCUUCAAAACAUAGCACUAGUACUGGUUCAUCUUCCAAUGUUGCUAACACAGCAUCAAUCGGUGUCCUGCUUUAUUUGUUAUUGUUAUGUUUAUUAUAG